CAUGCACAGCUUACCUCACAGUGAGAGAGCCAGGACAGGAAGGAAAUAGGCAGAGACACACGGUCAGAGAGACGACGAGCAAAACAGCAGAUGAGGGUUAAUGGGGGUUUCCAUUGUGUAGGAUUAGAAAUUACAUGACAAGUAGGUAAAAGAGAUCUGACAUCAGAGGGAGAGUGGAGACAAGAGCGUGAGCAUCGAGUGAGCAAGCGUCAGAAAAAACCGUACCCUUUCAGUUCAGCUUUAAUCUUGAGGUUAAAAGUACGUUGGUUGAAGACUACAUUAGAAGACGGAAGGCUGAACCUUUUACACACAAGUGGAGGAAUCUAAUUAAAUUAGCUACCAGUGACAAAUAUGACAUGCGUUGAGAAAAAUGAGGAUGGCUGUGAAUACUGUCCUGCAGGAAAGUAUGCACAACAUAAAUGUAAUUCUACACAGCAGACAAAAUGUAUUGACUGUAAACCUGGGACCUACACAGACUCAAAAAACACCCUGGAAAAGUGUUUGUCCUGCAAUGUCUGUAUACCCUCACACAGAGUGCAUACAGUAAGUAACUGUACAACUUCGAAGGACACAGUUUGUGAGUGUGAGACUGGUUUCUUCUGUAGCAAUGAUGUGUGUGACCACUGCCAGCCACUGACAAAAUGUCCUCCAGGGGAAGGAGUCAAGGUUAAAGCCACUCGAACAACUGACACAGUCUGCGCAAAGUGUGAAGAGGGAACCUACAACAACGUCACAGAUUACAGCUCACCCUGCAUCGCAUAUAACAGAUGUGAGGAAAGGGAGGGAAAUACAACAACCUGUGGAACCUACAAAUCUAGUUGCUCCUGGAUACUACCUGCAGGUUUGUGGUCUGGACUUGUGAUGACCAUUCUCAUCGUUACUGUUGUUUUCAUCUUAUGGAGAGCAAGACGCAAAUCACACAGAACAGAGAAUUUCAGGGUUCCUGUCACUCUGGUGAAGAUUCCUCUAACACCAGCCGUCACUCCACCGGAUCUGUCUUCUCACUGCCAAGAGACCUGCGCUAUUGAAGACUGCAAAUUACCCCUUUUCAAUCCAGACAACCCUACAGAAGUCUGCAGCAUAAAAGACAGCUUUGACAGCAGUGUCCCCAUAACACCAAUGAAGGUUUCCUUUUCAUUUGUUGACUCUAAUCACAUCAAUGGAAGCGGAGGAUACAGCAAAGGCAACUUUUUCAGGCUGCAUUCGGAGCCACAGGAGGAUGAGUGGUGUGGAGCAGAAUCACCUGGAAUAGACCAGGUGUCAUCCAUGGCAUGAAAAUACAGCUUUUUGUUGUUGUUGUUUUUUUUUUUAAAUGAAUCUAAUUAUAGGAUUUACUGCCACCUGCAGGAUUCUACUGCAAACUUCAGUUCAAGAAUUGUUGGAUUUCUGUCAAGUAUUUCUAAGCUAACAGCUUUUGCUCCUAAGAUGAGAAAUAAUUUUUAUAUAAAUUAGUUUUAAAGGAGCUGCAUGAGUAAAAUUAGCUUAGUCUGUGGUCUGUAUCUCCAACUGAGUGGUGCAUCCAUUCUAAGAUCAUGACAUAAAGAAAUGCCAAUAAUAGCAAAAACGCUGCUUUGUGCAUCUUAUACACCACCAGUCAAAAGUUUGUACACAGUUUUCCUUUAAAUUUAAUAGAUAGUAUGUCCAAACUGUUGACUGCUAUAUUUAUUGUAUAUCUGUGUCAUGGAGGUUUCUUUUAAAAACUCAUUAGUUAAUCACACUUUUGCUGUGUGACAUGCUCUUUCAUUAUCUUUAUAUUGAUUAAUCCCAUAAUCGAACCCUCAGACGCACCCUCACAAGAAGCUAAUAUUCUGAUCAUUAACAUCAGUCACUUCUAACAUGAGAGACUUAAUAAUUUGGUAUCUAUUUUUUUCUCUAACUGAACAUGACAUCCUAAUUUGUCUCUGCACACGGAUGUGGCUGCUGAGGUAUGUGCUGCUGACAACCUGGAAGAUCCCUCUGCUCUUUAACCCAGAGCACACAGCAUCCAUGAUUCCCUAUAAGAAUGUCAAAUUGAUUGACUUAUCAGUUUCCCCUUUUACCUCAGUCUAUCCUAAAUUAGGUGAGGCCCAGAAAAGGUGCUGAUGUGUUUUCUUUGUACAGUUUUCUAUAUUGUAGAGCAGUGGUUCCCAAUCUGGGGUCUGGGAUCCCCCAAGGAGGUCCCCCAAAGCACACAGGGGGUCCCUGAGGAUUUGAACAUUCAGAGUGAUUAAUGUUCACACACUGGCUGUUUUAGGGGAAAAAAAAGUAAGGCUAUAUGUUGUUAAUUUAACUUUGACUUUUUCAAAGGACAGGACUAAGCCAGAAUACAUUAUUUAUGGGGAGAAUCUCACUUUUGAAAGCAUGUAACCAAGCAUGGUUUCAGCACAGGGUGGGGCAGAGGGUUCAUGUAUUUUUAAGUAUUUGCAUGAAGGGGGUCCCCAAGGAAAACAGGUUGUGAACCACUGAUGUAGAGUAAAAGUAAUUUUCAAAUAACGUUUUUUUCUUUUUGUUUGUUUGUUUGUUUUUUUGUAGUUUAUGCUAAGUUCAAAAUUCCUUUGGAAGAAACAGAUUUAUUUAUUUUUUAAGAUGUUUAGGUAAACUUCUAAUGUUCUUAUGUUGUGAAUUCUGUAUCUACAUCAUUAUAAGCCAGUGUUUCCCAAACUUUUUCUGCAGGGCCCCCCUUUCAGGUUGAGCUUUCAAUGAGACGGAUUCUGCUUUAGUAGAACUCUUCUAUAUACUUCUAUAUAUGGAAGUUGAGUAGUUUAUUUCUAAAGUAAUCAACAGGCUUUUCUUUGUGAUCAGGACAAGAUGUUUUCAAGUGGUGUUAUAACUUGUUUGGCUUCAUACUGUAAGAUACAAGUAUUUUGAGACAUACACCGUGGUUUCGCUUCCGUACCCACCAUUGACCAGUGCCAUUAUUUAACAAUUACCUGGUCAGACCUAGGGAAAGAUUUACCCAUCAUCAUAUUUUCUAAUUCUUUUUUUUUGGGGGGGGGGUAGAUGAAAUAUUUGUUAUUAAUUCAUCAUUGUCCACGUCUUGCUAACAGUGCAAAACCUUUCAUUGUUUUUUAGCCUUGCCCCAGUCACCCCCCCCCCCCCCAAGCAAAA